GGAAGCGAAGGAGAAAAGGUCAGGAAUCAAACAUGGCUGCACGCUGUUUGUUGAGGUCUGUGUGGACCUCAUUUGCAGGCUUAAAGCUGGGAACAGUGUGUUCAAAUCUGCAGGUUCAGCAGAGAAUAAGUAUUCCCGGGCUACCGGCUUUAACCUGUCAGAGCAGGGGGAUCCGCCAAGUUGUGGAGAAGUCAGAGGGUAAAACAACAACUAUUGAGGGACAAAUUCUGGACUUCCCAACUGCACCACAGCCUCCAAACCCCGAAGCCAAGUGUCCCAUCUACAGAUGGAACCUGCAGAACAAAUACAACUACACGGAUGUUCUGUUGCUGAGUCAGUUCAUUAGAUCAGAUGGAGGGAUGUUGCCCAGGAGGAUCACUGGUCUAUGUACAGAGGAACAUCGUAAGAUUGCCAUCUGUGUUCAAAUGGCCCACAGAGCAGGUCUUCUGCCUGACCACAAACCCAAACUUCCAGAGGGUCAUGUCCCAAAGAGGCCCAAGCCCCAACUUAACAGAUACCUGACCCGCUGGUCCAUUGACUCAGUGAAACCCAUCCGUAAAGCUGGACUGAAGUGGUGUAAGACGCGCAUGUCUGUAGGACACCCAGCACUUAAGAACAACGUGCGUUACAGCCCAAAGCCGCUUUACAUAAAACACUAACAGACAGAAAAUUUGACGAAUCUGCACAGCCAUGGACCAGAGUGGGUGGGCCUUUUGUUGAAGGAUGCAGCUCCAAGAGGAUUUACUUUUUUUUUUUAAUCAAACCACCCUGGGAAAGACUAAAGAGCUUCUUCCAUCUGUAUUUAUUCUUCCUUUUGUUUAUAAAGCUGUGUCACGCUUUUAAUGAAUCACCCUCGGCCCCACCCAGAACCAUCUAUUCUGUCCCUGUCGGCUCUCAAAAAAGCCCUUGAAGUGAACCCUCUGACAACUUAAUGUGAGCUCAGCAUGGGUCAGUGUUACACUUUCAAAGUAGGUGGUAUGUUGACCGUGUAUACACAAGGCAAUACAGAUGUGCAAAUAAAAUGCUCUCAACAUGU